UAAUUUUAUAAAGUUGUUUAGUAUUUGCACGCGAGUGUGUCUCAAAAAUGGAGACCCUUAUUCCUGAAGUUCAAAGAGAAAUAGAAAAAAUUGCUAAAGAUCAUGGUUUUAAAAAUUUUACUAUUACCAUCACAAAUACUGCAGCGAACGAAACAGAUGGAUACAUAGGAGUAAUCGAGGCUGGAUGUAUUAAAGACAAAAAUAGCGACAAAACUAUAAGUUUAGUAAUAAAAAAAGCUCCUUUAAGUAUUAAUUUUAGAAAACAGUUUCCUCUGCGAGAAGCUUUUGAAAGGGAAAUUUAUAUAUAUGAAAAAGUAUUUCCAGAAUUUCUUUCUUUUCAAACUAUACAUAAUGUUGCGAAAGUCUUUAAUAAUUUUCCGAAAGUCUACGGAUGUAUUGAUGAUGAAUAUAAGGAAACUCUUAUUAUGGAAAAUCUAAAGGAGGCAGGCUUUAAACUAACAGAUCGGACCAAACCUUUAGAUGCAAAUCACUUAAACUUAGUUCUAAAAACUUAUGCCAAGCUGCAUGCAAUAUCUUAUGGCAUGAAAAAGUUAGAACCAGAAAAGUUUAAGUUACUUACUGAACGAAUUAACACAAACAUAAUGAUGGGACAUGGUGGCCAUAAUAGGAACGAGGAAGUUAAUGGCACACUAUUUAAAUCCUGCUUUUCUGCUAUCAGAGACAGACCUGAUCUAAUUUCAGAGUUAAAAAAAUACGAACAAAGUGCUGCACAUAAUUUUUUCCUUUAUAUUACCCAAUUAUAUAAAGAUCAGUAUGCCGUUUUUACCCACAGUGAUUGUUGGAGUGCGAACCUUUUAUUUAAAUAUGGGGAUGAAUCUAAGCCUUACCUACCUACGGACAUCAGUAUUAUUGAUUGGCAAACGUCGGCAGUUAGUCAUCCCGUACACGACAUAAGCUAUUUCUUCUUUAUUACUGCUGGCAAAGCAGAUUUACACAAUUACAAAAGUUAUUUAAGGUCUUAUUAUGAGGCGUUAUGUGAAAAUCUCAGUGAUUUUGGAAUAGAAGCCAAGUCAUUUUAUCCCUUUGAAUUACUAGAGGAACACUGGAAGAAAUAUUCUAUAAUAGGUUUCAUCAUGUGUUUGGUUAUGCUUAAACAAAGCCUAAGUAGCACUAAAACUCGUGAUUUACCUAAAAUGGCGGAUAAUGGGGAGAGCCUUUAUAAUCUAGGAGGGACUGAUGACGAUUCCCAAUUGUAUGAACAGCGAAUGACAGACUUAGUAGAAUUUUUAAUUGAGAAUAAGCUCAUACAAUGAUAAUAUAUUGGCAAAUAAAUAUAUUUAUAUAGAACUUUCUUUACUUGAAGCCUUCUGUACAGUUUUACUUAUAAUAUAUACGAAUAAUAAUAUAAGGUCUAUUAUAAAUGUAAUACUUAUAAAAUGUAUUUUCAUGUAUUAAUCAUGUAGGUAUUAAUAAAUGUUAUUACUAUCUUUAUAGUAUAAAAAUAAAUUUGUUUAACAUAUUAAAUAUA